UAAUAAAGUAAAAAAAUAUGUAUUUAAAAUUUUAUAUUUAUUAUAUAAAUAUAGGAAAAUGGUAGUAGGUGGGUUGUCUAUUUAAGUGAUCCCACUUUUGGGUGGUUUAAUUAACGUUUUGGGUGUCAACCUCCACUUAGCACUCACUACCCUAGAGAAGAAAUGAGUUACUUGGGUGUCGGAGUAAGUCCGGGGAAUGUUCCGGUGUACCACGGCAGCGAUUUGAAGGUGGUUGACCGGCGGGUAAGGGUGGCGGAGUUAAUAUUAAGAAGUGUGAUUUGCGGUUUGGCUCUUGUCGCAGCUGUUCUUGUGGCUACCGAUACUCAGGUGAAAGAAAUCUUCACCGUUCGAAAGGAAGCCAAAUUCACAGACAUGAAAUCUCUGGAGUUUUUGGUGGUGGCGAAUGGGAUAGCGGCGGCGUACUCGUUGAUACACAUAGUGAGGUGUGUGGUGGGAAUGAUAAGAGGCAGUGUGGUGUUGAACAAGGCGUUGGCGUGGGUAAUCUUCUCCGGUGAUCAGGUGAUGGCGUACAUGACGGUGGCGGCAGUAGGGGCCGCGGCACAAUCGGCGGCGUUUGCAAAACUUGGAGAGGCGGAGCUUCAGUGGAUGAAGAUAUGUGAUAUGUAUGAUAAAUUUUGUAACCAGGUUGGUGAAGGGAUCGGGAGUUCGGUGAUUGUUUGUGUGAGUAUGGUGAUGGUUUCUGGUUUAUCGGCGUUUAGCUUGUUUCGGUUGUAUGGUGGUGGGAAUAAAAGAGGAAGGAAGACAAGCGCAGCAUGGUGAAGUGAAAAAAAAAAAAAAAAAAAAAAAAAAAGUAGUGUGGGGUCACAAAUUAAAAUAAGCAUUUUCAUUUUGUGU